AUGGGGUUCAAUCUGCAAGAUACAAUUUCAAAAUAUCAAAAUUUUGACCUGAGCUCGACCUAUGUCACUUAUGGAAUUGUUAUCUUUACUCUAUGUUACUGGUGGAAAUUUACAGAGCUAAACAACCCCUCUGGCGUACCAGUUGUUGGUAGAAGAUGGUAUGAGCUGGGUUAUGGCAAAGCCAAACAGCGGUUCCGGGAUGACUGCCUUGGCACUGUCAGGUCUUGCAUGAGGAAGUAUGGGGAUGCUUUCUUUCUAUACACCGACGGUAGCUAUCGUUUGAUCCUUUCUCACAAUUAUGUCGAGAUGCUCCGCAAUGAAAAGCGACUUGAUUUUAUCGCAGCGCUCGCCGAUAAACUUGACAGUGGAGUGCAUGGCUUUGAGCCAAUGGCAUCAAUGACAAGCGACAAAAAGAUCUUGCAUGCUGUAACGAAGAACUCAUUAAAUCGCUAUUUGGGGACCUUUGUUGAGUCGCUUAAUGAAGAAUCCGACUUUGCACUUCGUCAGAUCUGGACCGACAAGCCUGAUGGCCAAGAGUUCAUGUUGAAAGACUCUGUUUGGAGAAUGUUUGCCCAGAUAAUGUCCAGGACCUUUAUCAAUGACAAGGACUUUUAUCGGAACCCGGAGUGGGUCAAUGCAAGCUCGGAGUAUGUUGAGCUAUCGGCUUUGGCUGGGUAUGAACUUCGAGCCUUCCCACAAUGGGCGAAACGCUUUGCUGCACCCUUCCUUCCAAACUGUCGGAAGCUUCAGUCCCUUUAUAGGCAUAUCAAUGCCCUGUUGGAGCCUUUGAAGAAAAAGCUAGAUGGACAAACCUUGGAAGGCGAUGCCAAGAACCCGCUGGAUUACCUCCAUCAAAAGCUCGAAGGUAAAUCGGAUGAGCUUGCUUCCAUGUUGAUUGCCCUCUGUCUAGUAUCAUAUGAUGGAGGAGCCGAGCUAUUCACUAAUGUUCUUCAUUCGAUUUGGGGGAAUGAUCAACUCAUAAAUGACCUUCGUUCCGAGAUUGUGAAUGAGGUCGGGAAAGAGGGAUUCAACAGAAACUCCUUACAGAAUCUAGUGCUCAUGGACAGUGUCCUAAAGGAGACUCAGCGUAUGCAUCCCGAGUCCGUUCUCUUGAUGCAGCGAAAAGCUUUGGAAGAGGUCGUUUUCCCUGAUGGACUCAUCAUACCGAAAGGAACUACCAUCAUGGUCUCCACUUGCGAUGUACUUGAUGAUUCUAUUUGGUCAAACGGUGAUAAGUUCGAUGGCUACCGUUAUUUCAAUUUACGCCAAAAGCCGGACUCUUCUGUCAACUCGGCAUCAUACAACUUCACAUCCACGUCUCCACACCAUUUCAGCUUCGGUCACGGUUCCCAGGCAUGUCCCGGAAGAUUCUUCGCGUCGUAUAUGCAGAAGAUACUUCUCUGCCAUGUGGUCUUGAAAUACGAUCUUUCAGUCACAAUUCCGGAGGAGGGUGCAUGGUUCCAACGUGCCCACACUCAUGUGGCCCAUCCAGGCCUGAAGGCCCAUGUUACGCGAAGAAAUGAGGAGUUUCAGUUGUUGAAAAAUGAUUUGUGA